UGAGGUAUUUGUUCUUGAUGUUUCCAGAAAACGUGAUAGCAUGUGGGCAUCUUCACUGAUUAAGUAGGCCCUGUUAUUCUGCUCAGUUUUCUGCUGCUGCCGCCUUUUUGUCGCUGUUUUGAAACAUAUUUUGUUUCUUUUGUCUCUUGUUUUCAAGCUGGCGAAGGAAGCUGCAACCCAGAAUUUAAAAUGUCACGGGCCACCAAACGCAAGCAUGUUGUGAAGGAAGUUCUCGGGGACUUCAUCACUCCCACAGAGAACCAGCAGAUUGUGAAGGUGAUCAGUAGCCGUGGUAACAACCUUCACGAGACGGUCACGGCUCAGGGCGAGACGUUCCUGGUGAGCAUGCCCACCAAGUUCCGCAAGAACAUUUGGAUCAAAAGAGGUGAUUUUGUAAUCGUGGAUCCUAUAGAAGAAGGGGAGAAGGUGAAGGCAGAAAUCAGCUUUAUUCUCUACAAAGAUCACAUUCAGUACCUGCAAAAACAGCAACUCUGGCCCGAGGGUUUUAUGAAGGAGCAGUCAGCACAGGACAAGACGAGCAGAAAGGAAGAGGAGGCGAAGGAGAAAGACGAGGAUGAAGACGAAGGUAGUGACUCUGAGGAUGAUGAGAGUGACCUCUUUGUUAACACCAAUCGCUGUAACUAUCAGUACAGUGAGAGUGAAGAGGAGGACGACAGUGAGGAAGAGGAGGAAAGGACAGAAAACGGAUCAUGGCGGCAACCAAGCCUCUCCCUCUGCAGGCCAGCUGUGAGAAAACAAAGGGCUGUUUGAGUGGCUGGCUUUCAACGAUCCUCAUCUUUGCUGCUUCUCCCCAAAACGGUGUAAAAUGUUCAAGUAAAACUAAAAUAUAACAAGAAUGAGCAUCGGGUACAUCCCUGUUAGUCCGGCUAAAACCUAUCGCAGUCUGAUCCAGUUCAUUUUUACAGGUCCAUUACAACAAUAGCAAUAAAAUGCAACCAUAGUCCACAGAAUAGUUUGAGGUUUAUGCCAUCUCCAAUUAUCUCUAAUGGGACAAAUAAAUCUGUCAAAUGUGUAAAAUUGUUUUGCUGAAGUAAUGAAUUUAUUUUUGAAUUUGGAUUUGGUUUUUUGAUACCCAACAGCUAAAGGUUUCAAACUGGAUGAUUCGGGGCAUUUCCUGCAGCGACUUUGAUGACCAAUGAUUAAAAAUGAUUUUCUUCUUAAUCUACAAAUAAUAAAGUCUACCAACAGAAGGUCGCUGUUAUUUUGGUUUAACAGAGACUUUCCUUCAGAGGCUACAUUCUCAAAACCUACUCCGACAGUUUUUCUUCUAUUGUAAACAUCAAUGAUGAAGAAAUAUGAACCCGAUGUUCUUUAACAUGAAUGCUUUAAAGAUGAUCUGGCAUUUUUCCAUGAUGCAGAGGAUUCCAAAUGCCAGUAAAUCCAGUACAGCCGCUCCUGUGGGUAGUGGAUUGAGCAUGAAGUGUCAACCUGAGACUCGUAAGCUGAAUCACCAGCUUUAGGUAACAGCCAAAGCUUCUCUUUAAAAAGUUUUGUUUUAAAACGAUUACUAAACUAAUGUUAAAGCACAAUGUUUAGCGUAAAAUGCUAGAUUAUCAUUAUUGUGUGUCAUUCAUGUUUUUGUAAUGUGCCUUCAUUUUUUAGAUUAAAGGGUGAUCAUUAAGUUGGUUGUACAAGCAGUGGUGAUUAAUUAUACAUUAAUAUGGCAAAAGAAGUUAUGUCAAUUGUUACCAAAAAGGUUUUGUGUUAAGGCCAGAUGGUUAUAGACACUGAACUCUUGAUAUGCAGCUGAAGAUUCUGCACUAAAUUAAAGGACAUUUUCAAUGUUU